AUGACACCACGCUUCUGUCAGCCUGAAUCGUUCGUAGCUGAGGCUUGCUGGUUCUCGCACUCGGAGCCUCGAAGUCCAAGUCGCACUGGACAGGACAAGACCUUGCUCUGCAAGUUCUGGCUCAAGAAUCGAUGUGAUCGAAGCAACUGCAAAUAUGCGCACGGAGAGGAAGAGAAAAGAAGAGCCUGCAAGGCCAUCAUGUGCCUCUUCGAGGCCCUCAGUGGUUUGAGUCGUCAGGGCUGCGUGGAUGAUAGGUUGGCUCUGGUUAUGUGA